AAUAGAAACAACUACGCAAUCACCGCCGUGGUGCGCGCCCACGCUCCACCCGUUAGUUUUAUCCAUCGCAAUCUCUCUCGCCUCUCUCAAUCGAUCGAGCAAUUCGUUGAACACCGGCGAACCCCUCGCCGAGAGAUGGAAGGCGGCGCUUCCGGUGGCGGAGGCGGGCCUGCUCCUUUUCUGCUGAAGACGUAUGAAAUGGUCGACGACGCCUCCACAAACGACAUCGUCUCCUGGAGCUCCACCAAUGCGAGCUUCGUGGUGUGGAAUCACACGGAGUUCGCCGCCCGCCUGCUCCCGACUUACUUCAAGCACAACAACUUCUCUAGCUUCAUCCGACAGCUCAAUACCUAUGGCUUCAGGAAGAUCGACCCGGAGCGGUGGGAGUUCUCGAACGACGACUUCGUCAAGGGGCAAAAGCACCUCUUGAAGAACAUCCACCGGCGCAAGCCCAUCCACAGCCAUAGCCAUCCAUCGGGAGGUGUUUUUCCUGACGCGGAGAGGACGGCGCUGGAAGAUGAGGUCGAGCAGCUUAGCAGGGAGAAGUCGAGCCUCGAGUCUAGUUUAUUCAAAGUCAAGGAGCAACAAUCCGGGACGGAGAUCCAGAUUGAGGAUCUGGAACGCAGGGUGAUGAACAUGGAGCAGAGGCAGCUCAAAAUGGUUGCUUUCCUGCAACGUGCCAUGAAAAACCCUCAGCUCAUGGAAAGUCUAACGAAGAUGGCCUCAGCCACAUCAAUAGAUGUCUCAGCCAUUAACAGGAAGCGGAGAUUGCCGUCGGAUGGGGAUUACUGCCGAGAUUGUUCCGACAACAGCUUCUGCGAUGAUACCGGGUUCAUGCUCGAUCAAGAUUUCUGUGAGAAGCUAAAAUUAGGUCUGUGCUCAGCUGUUCCGGCCGAUUCUGAUGUGGUGAUCCUCAAUGCGCAGCACUUUGAUCUUCACCAUGGCACAGUGCAGGCAAUUAGACAAAUUGACUGUGACCAUGAGCUGCCGGAGUGCCCCCCUCAGGCGUCUGAGACACUACAGCUCCGUGAUGCCGGGGCUCCUGUUUCUCCAUCAAAGAAUGAUUUGUUUGCUAGAGCUGUUGACGAAGACGAUGUGCUUCUUCCAUGCCGUUUGAGUCUAACGCUUUCAAUGGAAAUCGAUGCCGACGAUCUCUCAUCUUCUACUCAAAGACAUAAUGAUCUUAAUACGCCAGUCGCAGGCAUGCGAAGCAUGACUGCUGAUUCUGCUGCUGAUGCUGAAGCUGUGUCCUGUGAAGCAAACGAUGCAUCCUCGGCCCCUUCAGGUGGAACAAACGAUGUAUUCUGGCAACAAUUCUUAACUGAAAGGCCAGGUUCGAAUCCCAUUGAUGGGCUGAAUGAAGAGAGGAUGCCAGGAUUAAGCAAAAAAGAUAAGGAGCAACUGUAACUUCGACUAGCAUCUUUUGUUGGGCAUCAUGUUCUUACAGGUAAUACUUUUUGAUCCACCUGUUCAUCUUGCUUCUGAAUUAUAUGGUUUGGUACUCAAUCAUUCAAUCAUGGUAAGGCUGGACCAUGAAUUCUCGCUUGAAUGAGUGCAUGUUGAUCUCUGACGCCGUCCAUUAUGAAAUGAGUAGCUGGAAGCCAAAAAAUUUCUGUCUUCCAAAUUCACCACUGCGAUUCCUUCUUCCCGAAUUGAGCUCUUUAGGGCUGGGCUGGCUGACCCACCGCAAAACCAAACAACACACGACGACUCACUGCAUUAAAGCCUUGUACUACUCACAAAUGAAGCACACAGAUCUCAUCCAGCAGAGAAUGGCAAACAAGACUCGCCUCCUCUUGACCUCCCUCCUCCUCCUCUUCCUCUU